UUUUGCGAAACAGCAAAGCCUUGUGUCGCAACUGUUGUUCCGUAGCUGAGAUUUGAAGGGUGAGAGAUCAGGCAGGCAAAAGGUCAGGAGGAGGGGAGGAACCACGUGAGAUUACCGACUCUUGGUCUGCCCUUCCUGGGUGAAUUGGUUACGGUGGGACCUGGUAUUGCUGGUGUAUUGUGUGCAGUUUAUCUCACACACACACGCACACACGUUCGCACUCAAGGCCUCAGUCUCGGCUGAAUAGAGAACCACACAGAUAAGCCAUGGUGAGCAAGACAGAUGAAAUUCAGACUGCGGCACCCAAAGCUGCAGAGCCGCACCAAGAGGAAACUCAAGAAGGUGCUAUCAUGAAGAAGAAGGAAUCCUGCGGCUGCGGGCACUCUGCAGACAUGUCUGUGAUGAACGGGGACGGCGCGCCCCAUCGUGCCGAGGAGCAGAACGGGGGCGGGGACCCCGAGCACAGCGAUGAAGGGAACGAACAGGAAGUGAUUGUAAUCCAGGACACAGGCUUCACUGUCAAGAUCCAGGCACCAGGCACGGAGCCCUUUGACCUGCAGGUCUCCCCUCAGGAGAUGGUUCAGGAGAUUCACCAGGUGCUGAUGGACCGCGAGGACACCUGCCACCGCACCUGCUUCUCCCUGCAGCUGGAGGGCAACGUGCUCGACAACUUCGCUGAGCUCAAGUCCAUCGAGGGGCUGCAGGAGGGCUCCCUGCUCAAGGUGGUGGAAGAGCCAUACACAGUGCGGGAGGCUCGCAUCCAUGUGCGCCACAUCAGAGACCUGCUGAAGAGCCUGGACCCCUCGGACUCUUACAACGGCGUGGACUGCAACUCGCUGUCUUUCCUCAGUGUCUUCACAGAGGGGGACCUCGGAGAGAACGGCAAGCGCAAGAAGAAAGGCAGCGAGCUGGAGCAGAUCGAUUGCACCCCCCCGGAGCACAUCCUCCCCGGCAGUAAAGACCGUCCCUUAGUGCCGCUGCAGCCACAGAACAAGGACUGGAAGCCCCUGCAGUGCCUGAAGAUCCUGACGAUGAGUGGUUGGAACCCCCCUCCCGGAAACAGGAAGAUGCACGGAGACCUGAUGUACCUGUACAUGGUGACGGUGGAGGAGAGGCACGUCAGCAUCACCGCCUCCACCCGCGGAUUCUACCUCAACCAGUCCACUACCUACACAUUCAACCCGAAGCCAGCCAACCCCAGCUUCCUGAGCCACUCGCUGGUGGAGCUGCUGAGCCAGAUCAGCCCUGCCUUCAAGAAGAACUUCUCCACCAUUCAGAAGAAGAGGGUUCAGAGGCACCCGUUUGAGAGGAUCGCCACCCCGUUCCAGGUGUACAGCUGGACCGCCCCACAGGUGGACCACGCCAUGGACUGCGUGCGCGCUGAGGAUGCCUACACCUCCAGGCUGGGCUAUGAGGAGCACAUCCCUGGACAGACGAGAGAUUGGAACGAAGAGCUCCAGACCACACGGGAGCUGCCACGCAAGAACCUGCCCGAGAGGCUGCUCCGGGAAAGGGCCAUCUUCAAGGUCCACAGCGACUUCGCUGCGGCCGCUACCCGCGGCUCCAUGGCGGUCAUCGACGGCAACGUGAUGGCGAUUAACCCCGGGGAGGAGACCCGCAUGCAGAUGUUCAUCUGGAACAACAUCUUCUUCAGCCUGGGCUUCGACGUGCGCGACCACUACCUGGAGCUGGGGGGGGACAGCGCCGCCCACGCCGCGCCCACCAACGAUCUGAACGGGGUGCGCGCAUACGGGGCCGUGGACGUGGACGGGCUCUACACGCUGGGCACCGUGGUGGUGGAUUACCGGGGCUACCGCAUCACCGCACAGUCCAUCAUCCCGGGCAUCCUGGAGCGCGAGCAGGAGCAGAGCGUCAUUUACGGCUCCAUCGACUUCGGCAAGACCGUCGUCUCCCACCCCAAGUACCUGGAGCUGCUGGAGAAGACCAGCCGGCCCCUGAAGGUGCAGAGGCACCCGGUGCUGGACGACAAGAGCGAGGCCGUGGAGCUGUGCUCCUCCGUGGAGUGCAAGGGCAUCAUCGGCAACGAUGGGCGCCACUACAUCCUAGACCUGCUGCGCACCUUCCCCCCGGACCUCAACUUCCUGCCCGUGGAGGGGGAGGAGCUCCCCGAGGAAAGCCGGCGCCAGGGGUUCCCCCGGCAACACCGCCACAGGCUGGCCUGUCUGCGGCAGGAGCUGAUCGAGGCCUUCGUGGAGCACAGAUACCUUCUCUUCAUGAAGAUGGCUGCCCUGCAGCUGAUGCAGCAGAAAGCCAACAAGGAGAGCAAGGCCACGGCGGCUCUGACUGAGAACGGGGGUUCGCAAGCAGCAACGCUCGAGAACAAGGGGGAGGGGGGCGAUGCCACGGCAACCACCAACGGGUCCGCACCCCCGUCUCCGAUGGCAACCGAAAACGGGGCGUGCGAGAGCCCAGAGUCCUCGGAGGGUAAGGCUGGAGAGGAGAAUAUUCCGGGACUAGCCCAGGCUAAAGAGCUUGCCGAGACCGUCGCGGCGGAGGACGGAACAGCGGACCUCAAGAGCCGGGAGGUGGUCCAGAACGCCUGCAAAGCUGUCGGCUCCAUCAGCAACACCUCCUUCGACAUCCGCUUCAACCCGGACAUCUUCUCUCCAGGUGUGCGGUUUCCAGAGGGCAGCUCGGAGGACAUUCAGAAACAGAAGCAGCUGCUGAAGGACGCUGCCGCCUUCCUCGUGUCCUGCCAGAUCCCCUCCCUGGUGAAGGACUGCCUGGAUCACAAUGCCCUCCCGAUGGACGGCGCCACGCUGACGGAGGCUCUUCACCAGCGCGGCAUCAACGUGCGCUACCUGGGCACCGUGCUGGACUUCAUCAGCAAAACACCUGCCAGGACACAGCUCGACCACAUCUACAGAAUCGGAAUUUAUGAGCUGAUUACCAGGUCUGCCAAGCAUUUCUUCAAGACGUACCUCCAGGGAGUGGAGCUGUCAGGCCUGUCUGCUGCGGUCAGCCACUUCCUGAACUGCUUCCUGAGCUCGUUCACCGACGCCGUGGCCCACCUGCCCGCCGACGAGCUGGUAUCGAAAAGGAAGAACCGGCGCCGACGGAACAGGGUCCCUGGGGGAGGCGGGGGAGACAACACGGCCUGGGCCAGCCUCACCCCCACUGAACUCUGGAGAAGCAUCGUCUCGGAGGCCAGCAGCUACUACCACUUCACACUGCACUGUGAGACCGUAGAUCAGGCUGUGGAGAAGUACGGACUUCAGAAGACAACCCUCCUGAGAGAAAUUUCCAUCAAAGCUGGCAUUCAGAUCCUGAUAAAGGAUUACAACUUCGACAGCCGUCACAAGCCUGCCUUCACAGAGGAGGACAUCCUCAACAUCUUCCCCGUGGUGAAGCACGUCAACCCCAAAGCCUCCGACGCCUUCCACUUCUUCCAGAGUGGCCAGGCCAAGGUGCAGCAAGGUUUCUUGAAAGAGGGCUGUGAGCUGAUCAACGAGGCUCUGAACUUGUUUAACAAUGUGUAUGGAGCCAUGCACGUGGAGCUCUGUGCCUGCCUGCGUCUCCUCGCGCGCCUCAACUACAUCAUGGGAGACUACUCCGAGGCCCUCAGUAACCAACAGAAAGCCGUGCUGAUGAGUGAGCGAGUGCUGGGCAUCGAGCACCCCAACACCAUACAGGAAUACAUGCACCUGGCUCUGUACUGCUUUGCCAAUGGUCAGCUGUCGACGGCCCUGAAGCUGCUGUACCGCGCUCGCUACCUCAUGCUGCAGGUGUGCGGGGAGGACCACCCGGAGAUGGCACUCCUGGAUAGUAACAUCGGUCUGGUGCUGCACGGUGUGAUGGAGUUCGACCUGUCCCUGCGCUUCCUGGAGAACGCCCUGGCCAUCAACUCCAAAUACCACGGGGCGCCCUCCCUCAAGGUGGCACUCAGUCACCACCUAGUUGCCAGAGUGUACGAGAGCAAGGCAGAGUUCCGCUCUGCCCUGCAGCACGAGAAGGAGGGCUACACCAUCUACAAGAACCAGGUCGGCGAGGCUCACGAGAAGACGCGGGAGAGCUCAGAGUACCUCAAGUACCUCACCCAGCAGGCGGUGGCACUGCAGCGCACCAUGAACGAGAUCUACAAGAACGGAUCGAGCGCCAGCAUCAUGCCGCUCAAGUUCACAGCUCCCACCAUGGCCAGUGUCCUGGAGCAGCUCAACAUCAUCAACGGCAUCAUAUUCAUUCCUCUCAGCCAAAAAGACCUAGAGAACCUGAAGGCCGAGGUUCAGAGGCGUCAGCAGCUCCAGGAAGCCAUGAAGAGCGAAGAGCAGCAAGAGGAAGAGAGCCCGCUGGAGCUGGAACACAAACUGACAGCAGAGCAGGAGAGGCAGAGCGCCCCUACUGGAGCGGAGGUCCUGGAGCAGCAAGCAUCUGCUUGAAAGGGGCGGACUGACUUAAAAUGAUAUAGAAAUUUGGGAGAAAGAACGAAAGAAAAACCAUUUUGUAUGUGCGUGCUCUGGACCCGAACAGGACCCCUGUGAAUGAAAUGAUAUGGGAGGCGUCUGAUUGUCGUGCUGCUUGUAGAGGAGACUGGCGUGCGAGGAAGGCGUUACAGACGUGAUCUAACCAGAGCCUUACUGCUCUUCAUCCUGCUCACCAUAGACCCAAGAAAGGCCUAAAAAAAAAACCACUGACGACCCCUGCCAUGCUCAGCCCUCUUCUGCAAAUCUACAAAGUACAUGACCUGUUCAAGCAUUUGCCUAGCCCAGCAACAUACACAAAAAACACAAGCUUUCCGUUGAGGUGCGCAGAAGUCUCAGGUCAUUUUUAUUGUUUGUGCAACGUAACCCUGACAAGUUUACGUGGACUUCAGAACCUAAAGUCUGCGUGCCUCUAGAACGGGUCCAAGAAUGUCAUCCAUCCAUCCAUCGUUUUCUUUUUUUAAAUCUUUUCUAUAUAAUUAUAUCUAUGUUGAAAGAAAAAGGGUAGUCGUAUGUAUAUAGAUAUAAAUAUAUGGAUAUUUUCAUUUUAGAUAGGUAAAUACAAAAUCAGCCGGUCCACCAACUAUAAUGGAAAGAUUCAUUUGUAACGCGUAACGGUGUGUGUGAAAUGGAGAGAUAAAGCCAUAAAAAAAAAAAAGUGGAUUGACAUAUCCGCUGAUGUGAGUAUCAAUAUCUUGUCUGUGUUUUUGUUAAUAUAAAUAUAUACAUGUGCAGAUGUAUGUAUUUAUAUGGCUGUCUGUUUGGACAGGUACUUUAAUAUUGAUCAUGAAAAUGUAACAGUUUGACUAAAAGAAAAGACUUGCUCUUAGCCUUGUGUGUUUGCCCUUGUGUUUUCUGUGGUGGGGGGUCCUCCCUGAUCUGGGGAGGUCAUGGGGUGUCUCUAUUAUUGCUCAGGCAUCCUACGGUUGUGGGGUGCACUAUUUCUAAUAUAUACAGUAACGUGAUCCGAGCAUUACUGAAUAUCAUGGCUGUUAGAUGUAUUUUAUUAUUAUUAUUAUUAUUAUUGCAUGUACGGUUCCUUUCUUGUGUAGAUCAGGCCAGGAUCAAGUGUUCGGAAUGGGGGGAGAGGGCUGCUUGGUCUGACUGUCUGGAAGUCCUGUGUUCCCACAGCAGGUUCAGUGAACGACCAGUCAAACCAGUGUCUGUGCUAGAGAUUGCAGUAGGAGCUUAAACACAUGCACUGGUUACAAACUCCCUCUGGGACUGAACAUGCCUGCUAGAGGAAAGUUACUUUGGAGUGCUGAAAUUCACAUGUACAGCCCUGGCCAAAAGUUUAGCAUCACCCUGGAGAAUGAACUGAUUUUGCUUCUUAGUCGAAUUAAACCCGCUGAAUAAUGUUACGUUAGCAUAUUGAAUUGCAUACCGCUUUGUAGUUUUCCAUAGACAUAAUGAAAAACUGACAUUUGAAAAAUGUGACAUUUUGAAAUCUAACAUGAAAUACUUUACGAUUAUGGCUUCCGCUAGACUUUUGCAAUAUCAUCUUGUAGUUUAAUUACAUGAUUACAUCUUUGAUUACAUGAUGUUAAAGAUCUAAAUUAUGUUCAUAUAUACAAUCCUAAAAUUCUAGGUGAUGCAAAGCUUUUAGUAUGAUGCACUGUGACAUGUUCCAGUGUGGCCUAGAGGGGGUGCUGUGUGUCUUUUUUUUUUUUUUACAGUAUAGAAAAUAUCAUGACAUUGUGUGAAUUUCAGUGCAAUUUUAAAACAAAGACUGCACAGGGAACUAACCGUGACUGCUUGAAUGAAAAGAACAAUCCAUGUUCUGUAAUGCUUUAGUAAUAGAUCGGGGUACUUUUAGUUUUUUGGUCACAGGAGUAUGGAGUUCAGGGAUUGUUUAGUUUUUUUGUUCUGAAUCUCGUAUGAGGUUUGUGUGUGUUUGUGUGUGUGCGUGUUCGUUCUGUGUUCUGUUUCAGAUUCUGUGUCUGCCUUCACCAUUUGCUCAUCUAAAGGCUUGGUAACGCACAUGAAUUACCGUGACAGCCAAAUAUAACAAACAGUGCCUAACUCGCUGUGUGGAAUGCUGUUAAACGCACACACCUUCAUUGUUCUUUAGGUAUUGAGCUGCAGUUUUUAUUAAAGAAACACUAAGGGAAAUGCAGUACAUGCUCCUCCUUAUUUUUAACAAACCUGGAGAUAAUCUUAAAAUGGAGAAAUAAUUAACGAAGAACAAAACUCCUUUGACCGGAUAUGCUUUUGUAAUAAAUAUUUAAGGAAUGUCUUGUGUGUUUACCAUGUGCAGCACUGAUCACUUGUGCUAGCCCUAGUGAAGUUUAACUCCUUGUGAAGAUAAAAUGCUGACAGGUAUACCUACUGCUUCAGUCCCACCUGAAUACAUUCACAGACCGACAGUCUCAUUUAAUGCUUUAAUGCCCCCCAAAAUAUUUCACAUGUUGAAGUCCAUGUAUAGGUGUUUCCAGUACCUUAAAUCCCUGUUAUGUUAGGGCAAGUUGGAGAGACAAUUUCUAUUUUCUAUUUUGCUUCCAAAGCUAUAAACGAGCUUCAAUAAGUAAUAUUAUAACCCCUAUCUGCUGCAAGUAGUAGUGGAAGCAUGCUUAUUUUGCUCACAAGUAGUUUCAAAGAGGGAAGAACCUUAUGUCACUGUGGCUAAAAAAAAAAAAAAAAAAAAAAAAAACAUAUUUGGAGAAUGCAGACCAGCUGUACUGUCAACAAGGUUUCUUAUGAAAUAGUGUGCAGAUCAGUUUGUUGCUUGCUACUGUCCUUUUGCAUAGGGGAGGUGAUGUGUGCCUUAACUUUUAACUUUGCCAUUUUGAGUACGAUGGGCAUUGCAUCUUUUAUUUUUGUUUGGUUUCUGGCAGAAUUCAAACAUCAGUUUUUCAGAUUGUAAGCUUUUAUUUUUCAAUUGUAAAGGCAUUUAAACAACACGAUGAUAAAAUAAUAACAAAAAUUGUGUGUGCAUUGCACAUAUUGCUACUAAAUUCUCCUUUUAAGAAAUGUGUGUGAAGCCAAUUUGACAACAUGCGUUUUAUUCUGGUUUUGGGCUUUUUGCUACUUGUUUGAAAAAAAGGGAAAAACAAAGAGAUGCUGGAUGCCCAGUCUGCAGGUUCACACGGGUGCCUCAAUGUAAUUUGUAAGCAGGAAGUAACUCUUCUGCAGACAUUACAGCUAUCAAACAGUUUUGUUAAUGGUAACUUGUGGAGGGGGGGUGGGGACAUUUCUCACUACUCUUAGAGUUAGGGGUGGAGUAGAAAGUUGGGUUACAGUUGAUUACUGGUUUGUGAACAUGUUAACUGUAUUCUAUUCUUCUGAUGCAUUAUAUGCUGAGCUACAGUACAAACUGCCCACCUUUCAUGAAGGGAAUGGUAGCUCUUACACAGGUGCUUUGUAGAAAAUACACAUCAUAUUUCUGGCUCAUGUAGAAACUACUUAUUUUAAUAAAGUUACAACUGAAAUGGGCCAAAGACGAGAUGCCAUGUUUGCUAUAGUGUUAAUGUUACAAAUAAUAUAUUAGAUAUUGGUCAAAGCUGCAAUGUGAAGACUUUUGUACCAUUUAAGGUUUGGCCGUUUACUUAAGAAAAAUCUAACCCAAAAGCAUUGGAAUGCCAGCAUUGAAAACAUAAACAAAGCACUGUAUCUUAGUGUAACAUAUAUACUGUCUCCUCAAAUUAAAGGUUUACAGCUGUGACCGACCUCACUUGGAAGUAUAGCGUACCUUAUUUGUUAUGCUGUUGUGAGCUGUGGGGGUUUGGUUUGCAGCAAAAACUCAUACUUAAACUACAUUGCACUUUGUGUGUGCAUGCACGCAAAUCCCUGAUCAGUAAUUCUAAAAAUGCUUCAUUCCUUUAACAGACUUAAGUGCAAAUAAAACAUUUUGAUUGCUAUUUUGAACAGGAACCCAUGAGAUAUCUGCAUUUUAAUCAAGGAUUUGUGUAAUAGGUUUAAAGGGAGGUGUAUCAGUUAUCAGGGUUGAGCGACAUUAUGACCCUAACCAGCAUGAUGUUGUUUAAACUGUUGUGAUGGAGAUGAUUUAAAAUACUUUAUUGCCAGGGUGGGUAAUGUGAUUACAAGUUGAAUGGCUGUCUCAUACUGGAAGUAAUGGAGUGUUCCCAGUUAAAGCUGUGAAGCAACCUGGUCGGUCAGUCAGUUGACGGGUGGGGGGGUUUGUUCUUGAAAAUGCAAUUGUAUUAAAAACAUUAAUAAAAAGUAUUUUUCAUUUGUA